AUGAAUCAGUUCAUAUUCAGAAUUUGUUAUUUUUGUCUACUCAUUUGUCCUGUUUUCAUUUGUGGAUACAAAUCAGUGAUCGAUAGCAUAUUAGUGGACGCGCCUCCAUAUCUAAUUGGCCAGGGCGAUGAAAAUACGAAAGUUCUCGGGAUUGAAAAUAUCGUUAGAUGUGGACCUAUGUCGAUGGAGGAAAUAAUGCUUCCUCCGAAUAUCAAUUAUAAUAUCAGCGCAUGCAUUGCCAUGGAUAAUCUAGAAGUUCAAGUGAAAUUAGGAAUAAUUCGCUCAAAAUUUUCAGCCAAGUAUAUAGAGUUGGCGGUGAAUGUGACAGUCGAAACAGGAUUAUCCCCAAAAGCAACUGGAACAGUAAAAAUUCUGGAAUGGACUGAUCCUAAAUUUGCCGGAUUACCUAUUGGUAUUCUCAAAGGAAUGGUUGAAAAGGAACUGACCAAUCAAUUGAACAAAUAUCUUGACCAGUUUAUACAAAUGGAUAAUGCCAUUAAUCCCAGGAUCAAAGGACAAUUGUAA